UCCUUCCUUCCUCCCUGUCCCUGCUGCAGGCUGGUGAUUGAUACACUGGCAGAGGUUGAUCCAGACCGCAGGUGUUUCAGGAUGGUUGGAGGCGUGCUGGUGGAGAGGACUGUGAGAGAGGUGCUGCCAGCUCUAGAGAGUAACAAGCAACAGCUGGUGAAGCUGAUCGAGAACUUGAAUGCCCAGAUGCAGAGUAAAGGCCGUGAGCUGAAUGAGUACCGGGAGAAGUACAACAUUCGGCUGAUGAACGAAGACGAGAAAGCUGCCCGCGAUGGAGAGUCCAGGGCACGCUCAGGGGGCACUGGAGUGCUGGUCUCCUAGGCUGUGACCGCAGAGCAGCUGGGGCGCACCCCCUCUGUUCCCUGCACGUGGCUUUUUUUUUGUUAAUUUCAGCCCCCCCUCCCAUGACGUGUGUUGGGAGUGGAGCCAAGGCCUGCGAAUGCCCUCGUGAAAGUCCGGUGGCACUUCGACCUUGGGCGGCAACAGCGCGUCGGUGUUACUGCAUAGGGCUUCAAAGGCUUCUGGUUGUCACUGUAGUUGAAUUUCUAAACGUCACAUUGACAAUUGUACUUUGACUGGAAGUUUGACAUUUCAGCUUCUCUUUUUCCAUUUUCCACCCCCCCCUCCCCAAAUUGUCACCCAACCCAUCCUCUCGGGUACUCUAUUCCUGAGUUUCAAUCCACCAUCCCUCCUUUGCCUUCCAUUCCUCUCCCACUCCCUUCCUCAGGCUUGUCGUGUCUUUGUUUUAGAAUCGCGCUUGGCUGCGGAGCCAUUCAGCCCGUUGUGUCCCGUGCUGGCAGUGCAAGAGGACUGUCCUAUUUCAUCCCACUCUCCCCUCUUUUUACCCCACCUUUCUGUAACGUUUACCUGAACUUCAGUCAGGAUUGAACCAGCCUCUUAGCGAGGUUUAGCAUGACUUCCUGGGUUUUCUUCUUUGCGUUCUCUGUAACUCUGUUAAUAAAACUAUUUGUUUGAA